AUGCCUAUGACAACGGUGGCGGAGGAAGGGCCAAGCAAAUACGCGCAGAUUGAAGCUGGGCGUGGAAGAUGGAGGUCUGCUAGCGCCUCGGCGAUGUCGUCGUUACGUCUCGCAAAAGCAGGCCAGGAAGGCAUGGGAAACGUGAAUGAUGGUAGAGAGUAUGAUUCAAGGGUUGUCAAUUUACUUGAUGUUGUUGUCUCAACUCUCACAACUCUCACCAAUGUGCAGAAUUCGCUCUUUGUACCAGACUUAGGACGGUUUGUAAACCGCCAGCCGACCUACAAUCUGACACGACCUCGGAGUGACUCUGUGGAAUCAAUAAUAUCGGCUGUAUCUGAAGAAGAGGAGGAAACCUCUACUUCGGAUACAGAGGAGCCACCUAGAGCUAAGCGGACUGAAACAAUAACGUCCAACCUCAGUGUAUCACGUUUUGCUGUCCUGCCGGAGGGCACCACUCUAGACGGCUGGGAUCCGUCAGACAAGUGGGAAAUCAAUGACCAUGUCAGGCAUAUGUUACACUCUCGGAGGUCCAAAUUUAAGCGCGGGAUGAAAGGGUUUUGGCAGUAUGUUCAGAAACGUGAGUAUAUCCUCCUAACACUUGAUUAUUGUAAGAUGGAGCUAAUAUCUAUACUUUGGUUAGCUCUUGGGUUCCUUGUUACUUUAUAUGCAACCUUAAUUACCCUAUUUGGUCUUGCAUGGGUGUUAUUCUUGAUCGACAAUGUCCUUGUUGCACUUUUUGCCAUCGUUGGCGACGGUCUAGCUCCAUUCAGAGCCAUUGAUACCUACCAUAUGAUUUACAUUGCCUACUACCAUCGACUAACCUGGAGACUUCGCCGGAAACAAGAUCUACCAAAGCUCAAAAAUCCAAACGAUCUUCCGGAAGCACCAUUAGAAGAUGUCAUUAGAUCAGCUGCUAAAGAAAAUGAGGUUGAUAUUGAAAUGGCAGCUAGAGACGUUAUGACUAACAAUAAGGAGGCUGAAUACUCAGUUUUGACCCCUGAGCAACAGAAGAAACUAACUCACCAUUCAAACAAAUUCUCCAAAUCCCAUACAUUUUAUAAGCCUCAUGAGACAACAACUCAUCAUGCCUUUCCUGUCCGGCUACUGAUUGCCGUCGUUAUAUUAUUGGAUUUCCACUCAAUUUUUCAAAUAACCCUAGGUGCAUGCACUUGGGGUAUUGACUACCGAGUCCGCCCCACCGCCUUAACGACAACCAUCCUUUGUUUAUCUAUAUCCUGCAACAUAGCAUCUGGAAUUGUCAUUAUGGUCGGUGAUCGAAUGACGAGAAAGAAAGAGGUGAUUGAGAAGAUGUUGAGACAGCAGCUCACUCAGGAGGCAAUCAAGAAAGUUGAGAAGAAGAAAAAGAAGAAAGAGAAGAAGAAGCUGGAGGAAAAGGCUGCUGCUAACUGUAUACACGAAGAAGAUGAAAGGGAGGAUAAGAUCGAAACCUCUGUUGAUAUUGAGAAGCAUAAACCGCUGGCGGGAUGA